AUGUUACUCGUGCGCCACUUGAAGGUAAAUGGCGGCAUAUACGCCUAUUUCGAUGUGUUUCAUCACAAAAGCCUCGCAAGUCUAGUUUACUCUGGCAUCAGCGUCAAUGCCGAAUGCGGUGUCAACGUGGAAAGCAGCGUCAAUGCCGAAUGCGGUGUCAACGUCGAAAGCAACGGCAAUCCCUACUGCGGUGUCAACGUCGAAAGCAACGUCAAUGCCUACUGCGGUGCCAACGUCGAAAGCAGCGUUAAUGCCGAAUGUGGUGUCAACGUCGAAAGCAACGGCAAUCCCUACUGCGGUGUCAACGUCGAAAGCAACGUCAAUGCCUACUGCGGUGCCAACGUCGAAAGCAGCGUCAAUGCCGAAUGCGGUGUCAACGUCGAAAGCAGUGGCAAUACCUCUUGCGGUGUCAACGUCGGAAACAGCGUCAAUGCCUACUGCGGUGUCAACGUCGAAAGCAGCGUCAAUGCCGAAUGUGGUGUCAACGUCAGAAGCAGCGUCAAUGCCUACUGCGGUGUCAACGUCGAAAGCAGCGUCAAUGCCGAAUGUGGUGUCAACGUCAGAAGCAGCGUCAAUGCCUACUGCGGUGUCAACGUCGAAAGCAACGUCAAUGCCUAA